AUUUUCUUUAUAUUUGUCCAGAUACUUUUCCACUUUCUCAACUACAAGAUUUCUCAAGAAAUCCUCCUCCGCCUUUCUUUUCUCCUAUUAUAAAGGAGUUAGGAAGCCGACGCUCUGAUCUGAGUAGUUCUGCCCGAAUCCAUAUAAAUCUCCUUUUCUCAUUUGCUUUUGGAGAUGUUUAUAGCUUCUUCAUGACAGGGGUGUUCUUGUUUUAUGGUUUCGGGGAAUUGCUGCCCAUCGGAUCAGAUUCCGAUGUUGGUGAGGCAAGUUGGGUCGUAAACCCUGCUACAGGGGCGAGCGGUAGUGGGGGUGCAGGCGGUUUUAACGCGGCGAGCGGUAGUGGGGGGAACGGCUGGAGUGAGUCUGCUGCAAAUGAUCCGGCAAGGGAAGUUUCCCUCGCCCCCUUUCCUCCGCAACUUACACAUCCAGUGCCCUUUCCUGCCGAACCUGGCUCUCCGGACCCGGUUUCUCCCCCUCCCCCCAUAGCCUCGUUCUACUCCCAAAUAGAAAGGGCUGAGUCCUUACACGCCAGAAAUAUGGAAUUGGCAGAGGAUCUGCAACGGAUCCAGGAGAUGCAACGCGCCCUUGAGGACGAGCGGGAUCCCUACCGUGGGCGGGAACUAGCCGCCCGCAUCGAUUGGGAGGUGCACAAGCUGGAGGGAAAAGUGGCGCGCAAUCGCGCCUUGGAUAUGGUACGAGAUGCUCAACUCAACAUAUGGAGGCAGGGGCUUGAUCAGGAAUUACAUGUCCCAAGAGCGAGGCGAGUUUUGGAACCCUACAGCGAGAGGGACGCCUUGCGAGCCGGGCUUCCAGAGAUGAGGCCUUUUGGCGAAGCCAAGUUUCUUUCGGGCCACCAAACCCUGCAACUGAUGAGAAAGAAGGCCCUAUGGGGUAAAGGGAAGCGUGUAUGUUGUCUUGUCACACUCCCUGCCUUCCAAAGGUGCCUAGAGGACGGGCCAGACGCAGCAGAGCGACAACCCGGGAGCAGAUUCCCCACCGGCAGGGGGACAGGAGACGGCCAUCUCAAAGCACAUCACGACCUACAGCGGCUCAAGAGCCGCUUACGCAGGCGCCAGCACCGGCUGAAGUUGCCCAUCCCGUUCCUAACCAAUCUCCUCUUGGGGGGAACGGGGGAAAUCGCUAGAUCCCCCAUGGGAUCAAAAACAACCUAUCACCGAAGUCCCACCUAUUCAAAAAAAAUGGUGCCUGAACCGACGGGAAGCUCUUUUUCGCAGGGUCAGAGGGCUGCCGCGCCUUGCCGCAGCAGCGGGGCCUACGGUCGGACAGCUGGGACGUGUAUUCGGGGAAUCCUCCUUAAUAGACGAAAUAUUCCUAUUAUGUCAAUGCCAAUUGAAUCAAUGUUAUUAGCUGUGAAUUCGAACUUUUUGGUAUUUUCCGUUUCUUCGGAUGAUAUGAUGGGUCAAGUAUUUGCUUCAUUGGUUCCAACGGUGGCAGCUGCGGAAUCCGCUAUUGGGUUAGCCAUUUUCGUUAUAACUUUCCGAGUCCGAGGUACGACUUUCAAAGUGACUCUCGACGGGAGAAUCCAGGCUAUUCAGGAAGAAUCGCAGCAAUUCCCCAAUCCUAACGAAGUAGUUCCUCCGGAAUCCAAUGAACAACAACGAUUACUUAGGAUCAGCUUGCGAAUUUGUGGCACCGUAGUAGAAUCAUUACCAAUGGCACGCUGUGCGCCUAAGUGCGAAAAGACAGUGCAAGCUUUGUUAUGCCGAAACCUAAAUGUUAAGUCAGCAACACUUACAAAUGCCACUUCUUCCCGUCGCAUCCGUUUUCAGGACGAUCUAGUCACAAAGUUUUACACCUUAGUGGGGAAUCAAUUUGCCUACUCUUGUAUCUCGAAAGCAGAAAGAGUAGAAUUCAUUCGAGAGAGCUUGGUGGUCUUAAGAAUGCCUCCAAGGCAGUUUUUCCCUAUAUUGAUUGCUGCUGGGAAAAGGUUGGGGAGCCCCUUUCCAGAAAAAGCGGGAGCCUUGUGCAUUGAUUAUCGGGCGCUCAACAAGUUAGCCCUCCUUCCUUUACUCUUGGUACCUAGACACUUUGAAUCAAGGCUACGCCCCGGGUCCCUUAGUUCAAGCUCCAUCCCACAUCCAUUUGCCCAAACGACGAAUAAGCUGCGAAAGAAUGAGCUCCUGUCGCAAUUGAAGAAAGAAUAUGCUGCUAGUCUUUUAGCCACAGACGCUCUUGAGUCAAUCUCAGCUGUGGUCCUAUCAGCUCAACCAGUUGCCGGUCUUGUUUGCGUAGUAAAUGGUUUUGGCGGAAUACGGUGUUUGAGAAGUUCCAUGUGUCAGUCAAGCGAGAGGGCUAGAUCAAGGUGGCAAGCGGAAGGAAGAGGGGCAAGCACGCUAGGCAUUCCGAUUGGCCCGUCUCGCUGCUUUUCCAAUGCUUCCGGAAUCCUUAUCUUACAUUUCCCACUUCGCCUUAGAAAAAGGACUGGUCUCGAGUGCUGUGCUGAUGUGACUGUGCUUGACUUAGGGAUGGGAGCUAGUCAGAAGUACGAAUGCAGGAAGCUGCAGUGUGCGCCCCGCUCGGUUCAUUGGGACCGGGCUAGCAAAGGUGCGAAUCCUUUUACGCCAGAGGCCCAGGGGAAGCAAUCAAACUCCAUAGCAACUAAGGCUUUCUGCCGUCUGUCUUUCCCUUCUCUCUCUUCUCUUAGCAAAGUCAAACAGUUGGCUUGCUACAAGCUGGGCUCAGGGACUGGGGAAGACGGGUGGAUUAGGAUUCUCCAAAGGAUUGAUAGAAAUAUUAGAUUUCUGACUUCCGUUCCGAUUAAAUGGGAGAUGGGCAACAUAGGCAAGAUGGGACUUGGCAUCAGGUUCAGGUCAGGGCAUGAAGCUACAGAUUCUAUUUGCGGUCGUGAGACAGAGGGAAUCGAAGGCGCGUCUAGCCCUGCUCUUUAUUCAACCGAUGCUAUGAAGCUUGAGAAAGAGGAGAGAGCAGCCUUUCAGGAGGAACCUGUGACACCUGCACGGAUGCCCGGCUGGAACGGGUCAACACCGCCUUUUGAGGUUGGUGUCCGAGCUUUCCGCCCAGCUUUCUUCGAUCGAUCAUCUCCAGGUAGUGCUGCUCCGUCUUCGCCUUGACCUUGUGCUGGCCGCUUUUGUACAGCAUGAAGGGGGGAAGGUUCCGUCUCUGUUUUAUCUUUUGCUGCGAACUUUUUUUUCCUCUGUUCUCUGUACAGCACACUGCUGCUUUUUCUCGGUACUCCUCUGCUUUGCUUUCUCUAGCACAGUGCUGGGUUACUCC